AUGAAGCGCGCUGUGCCGGGGUUGCUGUUGUUGCCUUGCAUGGGUCUACUCUACCCGUCAUUUUACUUUGCACUAACACUCUCUAAAUUCAGCGACAUGACGAUUACGAACUCGAGGCUGGUCAAGACCCCGACAGUUAGCACGGACGGGUUCUAUUCUGCAACAACAUCCGAGUUUGGGCCCGACCACGCGCAAUUAAUCGAGGCCAUUCACCAGCAGUACAAGUUCUCAGCGGCGCCGAGAAAGCGCCAUGCGCAGGACUCGACACAUUUCAGCGUCAACCCACUGGAAUUCGGCUUGAUGCUAGCCAUGCCAAAGUCCUGA